AUGAAGUUUCUUAAAAAUCAGAAGGUAGAAGUAUGCAGCAAGGAAGAAGGUUUCGUUGGCUCUUUCUAUGAAGCAACUAUCCUCAACCCCAUUUAUGACAACAAACAAGUGUUCUAUGAAGUUGAGUACAAGAAUCUGGUAGAGGAGAAGAACGAGAACAAGCCUCUGGUAGAGAAGGUCCGGCAUGAUGAAGUCCGGCCACUCCCUCCGCCAGUAGUGAACGAGCGAGGGUAUUUGGUGGAUGAGUUGGUUGAGGUUUUUGAUAAUGAUGGAUGGUGGUUUGGCACGAUUACUGGCAAAACAGGGUGCUGUUACUCUGUCUACUUUCCGACAACUGGUGACCAUAUGGAGUACCAUGUUUCUUGUUUGAGGCCUCAUCAGGAUUGGGUCCAGGAUAAGUGGACUUCCUACAAGUGA